AAUUCCUCUCCCUCCUGUUCUGCACCAUUAUUGUUUGUUCGUUUUUUCAGCUCUGCAGCUCAAAUCCCCUCAUGGUGCGACAAACCUUGGACGUUGAACUGCAAGCUGGCAACCACCAGAGCGAAGACGUCUCGAACAGAUGGAAAAAGGGAGGCGACGCUGUGACUCCAGACUAUCUUGAGUCGUAUUCAGUCGCAUUUACUCCGGAACCCAUUUCGCCUAUUUUAAGUAGCAGUAGGACUAGUAGUAGUGUUAAUGGCGCGCCUGAACCGUCGAUAUCAGUUGCUUCGGUUCCGCAAGCCACGCGAAAUAAUGUGCGCACUGUCGAGAACGCGGUGGGAGUUGCAAGAAUCAACUGGAACGACCAGCAAAAACGCAUAUUUUCGAAAGAAGAGAAGCAGAUUGCUCAAAACAACGAGCAGGCGUUGCUCUCCGGGAACCGAGAAAGCGCCGGGAUCCAUGAAAACGAAGGUGGCGAAACCCUUCGUGAGAACGAAAAACGCGAGAACCGUCCAAAUGACGACGACGACGUAGGGAAGCCGCUUUCAUCCAAAACGAGAAUACAGUUUUUGAACCCGAACCUACACUCGCUUCCACUUCCACUGGAAGCACCACCUCCAUUAGAAGCACGGUCGAGUAAAGUGACCCUGAUUCGCGAUUCCGACGCGCUGCCGAAAAAAGGCGCUCAAAAUUCCGCGGAAAUCGAAGAGCUGGUCCCCGAGCUGGUACGCGGCGAUGUCCCCGUUGCUGCUGCGCGCAAACCCCUUCGUGAGUCUUCCGCAAGCACUGCUGCGCGCAAGCCGCGUGGCACCGACUGUGGAGGCGACGAAUUUUGCACUUUCCGCGCUGAAGACCCGCCACUGGCAGUCAGUACUGCUGUGACGACAGAGGCGGCACGACCGGCGGCGGGCAGCUUUGGGGAUCCCCCGACGGAAGAACUACUUAAAGCGGCAGAUGAUGGCGACAAAAGUUGUCGCGUUGCGACGAGCGACAACGCUCGCAAAGCAGAGGACGACGGGAGAACGAUUCGCAGCGCAGGGGGAGCUGGGACGGGGGCAAACGCCGGGACAACGGGAUACGCCGGGGCAGAUGGCGACGCCGCGGAGCGGGGGGCGGCGCAGGGCGGAGCAGCCGGGGAAGUACUAGCAGCGGAGAGUGGCGGAGCAGUGGAAGGCGGAGCGGUAGAGGGGGAUUCCACGGCGGCGGAGAUUGGGGAAGCGGAGGGCGGAGCAGAGGGGGGCGGGUCUUGGUGGGAAAGGGUUACUCGGGGGAGGAUUGGGAAGCGGAGGGUGUCGACGGAAGUGUCACCGCCACGUGGCAGCAGCUCACUGGAGACUGUUUUCAACGGAGUCAACGUGCUCACAGGCAUCGGCAUUCUCACCACACCCUAUGCUCUCUCCCAAGCCGGCUGGCUGGCCCUCCUCCUCCUCCCCCUCACCUCCCUCCUCUACCUCCUCACGGCCCGCUUCCUCCGCUCCUGCAUGGACCACACCCCCACCACGGGACCCCACACGCCCAUCACCACCUAUCCUGACAUCGGUGCCGCUGCAUUCGGCCGUAUCGGCGGCAUACUCACAUCCCUCUUACUCUACGGGGAGCUCUUUGCUGUUUCUAUCGAAUUGCUUAUACUGGAGGGCGACAGCCUCGCCUAUCUCUUCCCUUCCUUCGCCUCCAAUGGGGUGCACAUCGGUCCGUCGCUCCACCUCUCCCCAAAUCAAAUCUUUCUCAUCGUGGCCGCCCUGAUUGUGCUCCCGACUGUGUUCCUGCGCUCCAUGUCGCUGCUGGCGUAUGUGUCCGUGGGGGGGUUUCUGGCGGCACUCGUGACAGUCGUGGGCGUCGCAUGGGUGGCAGCAGUAGGGUCAGAUGAUGGCAACCCAACAGCUUCUGCUGCAACGACUUCUGCUGCUGCUGCUGCAGCCGCGUCUGCUGGUGCAGCAGUGCAUGGGAGUGCGGCGCUACUGCGGCUGCCAGGGGUGCCAGGCGCGUUGGGCAUUUUUGGGUUCUGUUUUUCCGGGCAUGCUGUCUUCCCCACCAUAUACCGCUCCAUGGACAAGCCCCAGCACUACAACAGGGUUCUCAUCAUCUGUUUCUGCCUGUGCACGUGCAUAUACGGGGGCAUUGCCAUCCUAGGCUACUCAAUGUACGGCGACGCCACAGCCGCCCAGAUCACCCUCAACCUGCCGCCCUCCCUCAUCCCGUCUCGGGUCGUCCUGUGGACCACCAUCAUCUCGCCCAUCACCAAGUUUGCCAUCACCAUCACGCCAGUCGCUGUGGCCAUCGAAUCCUUCCUCUCCUCUUUCCUUGACAAGUGGUCACCUCCUAGCCUGGCCUCUUGUACGCCUUACUGCAUGACUCAGUUCACGCAUAGAGCAUGCAACUGCACACCACACCCACUUUCCUGGGUCACGAAAUGCGGGGUUAGUGGCAAGACGGCCGCUUCCUUGGCUAUACGGACCCUGCUGGUGGUGCUGGCAGCAUUGGCAGGGUUGCUGCUGCCGUUCUUUGCGCUCAUGAUGACCUUGAUAGGCUCAGUGCUUAGCAUAUCCAUCUCCCUGCUGCUGCCCACUGCAUGCCACCUUAGCAUCAAGUGGCGCCAGCUGUCGCGGGUGUCAGUUGUGUGCCACGUGGCGAUACUCGUGGGAGGGACAGCCACUGCUGUUAUGGGAACGGUUUAUGCUGUGAAGGGGAUUGCUGCUGGUGGUGGAUCACACUGAGGAUGCAAUUGCAGCAGCAACAGCAGCUGCUGAAACUUUUAGUCGGCUUUUGCUUGAUGAAGGGCUUAUUCCGCAGUUGGAAGAAUACAUUAGCUCUUGCGUGAGUGUUACAAGGGGAUGUCGUAGCUUGCUGACUGGAGAAUUUUAUUGCUUUUGUGCAUUAUUU